CACAUUUGCUAACAUCUCACACCCUUGAAGCUCGAACGAGUCAUCUAAGCAUCCAUACUGCAGGCAGAGUUUUUCAUACCUCUCCUUUCCAUUUACAGGUCCCUUUUUCUGGCAGAGACUGCUGCUAGAGCGCUCCUCCCUUUCGGCCACACUCUCUCACUCCCAUAUAUCUUGAUCGACGGCAGGCCAUAAAGAUGCUUUCCGUCAUGCAGCCAUCCAGCAAAGAUUUACCAUCCCACGCAGCCAGUAUAGCCAAAGGGAACAGUGCCAAAGAGGUCAUGCAUGGCUCCAUCUCGCUAGCGAGAUCAGCCUCAUCAGCCAUCAAAUCUGGAGCCCAGACGCUACAAGAAACCAAGUCGGCUCCGAGACCCGGUCCUUCUGCAUGCAACAAGCGAGCAAGAUCUCAUCAACAGCAACAAGAUCGCAAUGAAUCCUCGGAAGACAUCUCGCCAAUAGCUACGCCUUCCAAGUCUCAGCCUCACAAUAUUCGAAGCAAAGGGAAAGCAGCUGCUCUUCGAGGGGAGCUUGCGGCCGCAUCUCGAGACGAUGCAUCGUCUGCAGUGCUAUUAUCCAGUUCGCCUCCAACGGGUCUCGCUUCCGCAGAGCGUAAGGCUGCGCGGAAAGCACGCGGGGGAAAUGAAUCCAAACAUCCGGCUGCAGAGCCGGAGUGGGACAUGCCAAUCCUCAGCAAUGUUGCCAUCGAUGCAGACAGCGGCGCAUCCACUCCUCUCACCUGGCAACAGGAGCUCCUAUCAAUGAAGAAGACGGCAUCUACUGAUAGUCCGCAGAAGCGGUCCGACCGCACUCAAGCCUCGAAGAAAUCAUCGAGCCCAAGUGGGCUUGCUAGAACGAGAGACCAGCAUGCUUCACAAGCGCAGCAAUCCUCAGAGGCGAGCACCAGCACAAGCUCGACCUCACUUGCCUCUGCUGCUGCUCCCCCCCUGACUUGGCAGCAAGAAUUGAUGGUUGUAUCCUCAAAGAGCAAAAAGCAAGCUAGUUCAGCAAAACCUACGCUCAAAGAUGGGCCAAAUGGCGAUGCAUCCGCGUCCACCAUACCCCUCGAACAGUCCCAGCAACAGCAACAAGUUUUGCAUCAGCAUCAGCAUCGCAGGGGCCAUUCAGCUAGCGCCACUUCUGGCCCGGCUCAACCAAGCACACCAGCCAAACAACAGGCAUUCAAGCCGUCUCCCGCCUCCCAAAAAAAUGUGGCUGCAGGUUAUCAUGCCCAGCAAUACACUCUCGCCGGCGGCGGCGACUUGAUGUACGCCGGCCCUAAUUUCCACAACUCCCCCUCACCUGCUAGUCUCCCAGCACCCAAGUUCAUAAAGCAUCGUUCAACUGCCCUCCCAAAUGCCAGCCAGCCUCUAUCGUCGUUUGUGCAUGGCACACAAAACGGUGCAACCGCCGCCUCAUUGAGGCACACCCCUUCCAUCCCCACAAUGGGCGUCCACCCUUCCUGGCCGUACCACCCAUCGUCCGAUGUAGUGCAACACGCAGCCUCCUCGACUUCUUCACUGAUUCAGUCGCAUACGGCGCCACUUUCCGCAAACAGUGGAUGGGCGACAGCAUCAACGGCCGCAGCUCUAGCGAACAGCAGCUUCACAGCUGCCAUUUCGCCUGCCCCGUCGUAUGGAGGUUCGUUUCCUGGUCAAACGACAGCAGACCCCAGCGAUGGACGCAAUUGUAGUAGCAACAAAGAGCAGACGAUCGAGUCCCUGCUCUCCAGACUCAUGCGAUGAAGGUGCUUCGUCAAAGCGUCAGGAGGUGUCGUUUUCCACUAUGCAUCUGUUCCUAUUUGUAUGCCCUGUCCUCUUCUAUGCCUUUUUCAAAUCUAUGCCCUAUGUCCCUAUG